CAACGAAGCGUAGACGAACUUCGUUAGCCUGAGUCCUUCGCCCAUGACUUCCGGUGUAGCUGACGCAACUUCCUUUUUGCUGACUGUGUUAGCCAUGGCACCGACUAGGAAGCAGGCAAUCAGGAAACCGGGAGGGAAGAAGAAGAAGCAGAUCCUGAAGUUCACCCUGGACUGCACCCAUCCCGUUGAAGAUGGCAUCAUGGAUGCUGCCAACUUUGAGCAGUUUCUGCAGCAGCGCAUCAAGGUGAACGGCAAAGCUGGAACUCUCGGAGGUGGAGUGGUGUCCAUCGAGAGGAGCAAGAGUAAAAUCGCAGUGAACUCUGAAGUUCCCUUCUCAAAGAGGUACCUGAAGUAUCUCACCAAGAAGUACCUGAAGAAGAACAACCUCAGGGACUGGCUGCGGGUCGUAGCCAACACCAAGGAGAGCUAUGAGCUGCGCUACUUCCAGAUCAACCAGGAUGAAGAGGAGGAGGA